AUGCAGGUGCGCUGCGACGUCUGCGGCGCCGCGCCGGCCGCCGUGGUCUGCUGCGCCGACGAGGCCGCGCUCUGCUCCGCCUGCGACCGCCGCGUCCACCGCGCCAACAAGCUCGCCCACAAGCACCGCCGCAUACCGCUCCUCCAGCCCGCCUCCGGCAACGACGACUACGACGCUGCCGCAAACGCCGCCGCGCUGCUCUGCGACGUCUGCAAGGUCCGGUGCAUGCUUCGGCCGGAGAGGGAGAGGAUCGGAUUCGGAGCUGCUGCUGCUGCUGACAUGGUUGGUGCCCCCUCCCCUGACGACGACGACUGCGGCCGCGGCAACGGCGCCGCCUGCGAGCCCGACGCUGUGCCCGCCCUCGGCGCGCAGGGCUCCUGCGCGGCCAAGGCCUCGGCUCUUGAGUCCGGCGGCGUAGGCGGCGGCAGCAGCAUCUCCGACUACCUCACCAACAUCUGCCCCGGCUGGCGCGUCUACGACCUCCUCUUCGACGACCCCGCGUUCUCAGCGGCAUCGAAGGCCGGCUACAGCGACGACGGCCACGAGCAGGUGCCGUCCCUGGACGCCGACCUCUUCGACGUGGUGGCCGGCGGCCGGCCGGGGAAGCGCGGAGGCGCGUGGUCCGGCGGCGGACCGCUGUGCUUCGACAAGGUGCCGGCCUCCGUCGUGGUCCUUCCGACGGCGGCCAAGCAGCAGCAGGGGUGCGUGAGGGAGAGGAGCUGGAACUCCGACAGCGACAGCGACGUGUUCGCGGUGCCGGAGUUCCCGUAG